UGUCAGUCUCAAAUGUCAACGGACUUCACAUGGCUGGAUCUUUUUAAGGUUAACUUCCUCUACUGACACUCUUUGAUAAAAUGGCACCACCAAAGCCAAAAUCGGCUGAAAAGCCAGCUGCCAAAAAAGAUGACAAAAAGAAACCAGCGUCCGCUACGGCAUCAGGUUCCGCGUCUGCCCCAGGAUCCUCUGCAGCCCCAAAGGCUGCGGGCAAGCCGGCUACCAAGCCUGCAGCAGCCAAGCCUGGAGCAGCCAAACCUGCAUCAGCCAAAGCUGCGGGAGCCAAACCAGCAGCAGCAAAACCAGCUUCUGCCAAGACCCCAGCGGCGGCCCCAAAAACCAGCAAAGCACCUUCAAAGGGCGCUGCCAAAGGUGCUGCUAAACCUGCAGCUAAAGCUGCUGCUGGCAAAAAACCAGCCAAGGCUGGUGCAGCAAAGGUACCACCAAAGCCCUUGUUGGCAAAGCCAAAGAAGAACGUGCCAGUUAAGCAACAGGGCAAACUGGGUGCUAAGGCCAGUGCUAAGACCGCGCCAGCUAUAGCUAAAGCAAUGGCAGUCAAGAAGAAGGUCAUUAAAGGUCCAAAUGGAACCCAUGCACGUGUAAUCAGGACCAGUGUACAUUUCCACAGGCCUAAGACUCUAAGGCCGCCAAGGAAUCCUAAAUAUCCCAGGAAGAGUGUACCUACUAGAUCUCGCAUGGAUGCUUACAAUAUCAUCAAAUACCCAUUAACAACUGAGGCAGCCAUGAAAAAGAUUGAAGACAAUAACACCCUCGUCUUCUUGGUACACACCCGUUCAAAUAAAAAUCAUAUUCGGGCUGCAGUGAAAAAAUUGUACGACAUCAAUGUGGCUAAAGUAAACACUUUGAUCAGACCUGAUGGAAAGAAGAAGGCCUAUGUUAGAUUAGCAAGGGACUACGAUGCACUAGAUGUAGCAAACAAAAUUGGCAUCAUAUAAAUUAUAUGAUGAAAAAUGAAUUUAGAGUUAACUUGACUCCAAAUUCAAUUUGUAAAAUAGGUUUGGUUUUCUAACUAAAAAUAAAACCAUAAAAAACUA